AAAUUCAAAAGGCUACCCCUCCCUCUUUUUAAAUGUUAGAAGUUAGAACUUGGCAAGUGUAAUUUAUAGGAAAUUAAAUAUACCAAGUGGUUUAAGGGCUAUUUAUUGAAACAAUAAUAAUCAAGAAUUAGAGAAGAUUGAAGAGGGAGAGAAAGAAAAGAUAGGAGUUUGGAAUGAAGAGGAGAAGAGAGAUGGAGAAGGGAUCAGAGAUAAAGUCUGCCAUUGAAGAGCUCUCUAUGAUGGUCAAACAUAAACCUAGUGAUAAUCAUGAUGCUGCUGCUCACAUCCCCACAAAGCCUUUUCUUUAUGUCUGCAACUUGUUUGUUCAAGUUCUUGAUAAGAUUGGACCAACAAUGGCUGUUCUGAGAAAUGACAUAAAUCAGAAUAUUCAGAGAUUGGAAACGGUGCAUGAAUCCGAUCCUUUACCGAAUUCAAAUUUGGUUGAGAUAUUGAAGAAAGAGGCCAGUGAAGGCAAUGCAAGAAAAGCUAAAAGCUGUAGUAGAGCCUUUCUUUGGCUUACCAGAUCCAUGGAUUUUACUGUGGCAUUGUUACAAAACUUAGCAAGAGAUCCUGAGCAGAGCAUGGUAGAAGCAGUAGAAGAGUCUUACAACCUCACUUUGAAGCCAUGGCAUGGAUGGAUAUCAUCAGCUGCUUUGAAAGUAGCUCUAAAACUAGUGCCUGAUAACAAAACCUUCACCAAUCUCCUAAUGGGAAAAGAUGAUAACUAUGAGACCCUUAAAGAGCAAAUGCACACCUUUAUUUCAUUACUUUUGCCUUUUCUAGAGGAAAUCCACUCUAUCCUGAGGGUGUAUAACUUGGACAGGUUAAAGUCUACCUAAGAAGAUACCACAGAAAGAAAAGACGAACAUAUAUAUACAGAGUUUGGUUAUUUUGAAUAACAAUGAAUCCCCCCUUCCCUCUUUUCCUCUCUUCCUUCAUGUAAAAAAUAUAUAUAUGUGUAGAUAGCUCUUUAAGAAAAAUUUGGUAUAAAGCAACUACUAUUCACUCGUGUAAACUUCUAUGAUGUAUAUAAUAUAUAUCAUCUCCUAUGUUUAGUACAA